AACUUCCGAUAUUUGCCCUUCGCCUGAACGCUCCAUUCUCUCAUCUUUUUCCCUCAGAAACCCCUCAUUUCACUAUUUCGAAACCCUACCGAAGAAGAACAAGAAGAAGACGACGACCCAUCUCAAAAGUCGCUUCGAACAGGGGCUGAAUUAUAUCAUGGGUUUGCCAAGAUUUUCACGUCCUAAGGGAGUGGACGGCGAGUUGAGUCCCAAUCUCUAUGUGGCAAACUGUGGGCCAGCUGUUGGACUUUCUUUUGACACUAUCGCUUCAGUGUUCAGUACCUUUGGAGAAGUGAAAGGGGUCUAUCCAGCAGAUGACAGUGGUGCUCGCGUUAUUGUUUCUUAUUUUGAAGAGAGUGCUGCUCAAGCAGCCUUAAAAGCAUUAGAUGGACAUCCCUGUCCUGCUCUUGGAGGUCGUUUUUUGCACAUUCGUUAUUCAAUAUUUCAACCACCUAGCCAGGUCAAUGAUUCUGUACCAGUAUCUUUGGUGGAUUCAGAGUUGAACAUUCCAGGCAUCUACUUGUUGCAUGACUUUGUCAGUGCUAAAGAAGAGGAGGAACUGCUUGCAGCGGUUGAUAAGAUGUCUUGGAAAAGUCUCAAAAGAAGGGUCCAACAUUAUGGAUAUGAGUUUUGCUAUGAAACAAGGAACGUUAAUACAAAACAGUAUUUGGGCAAACUUCCAUCAUUUGUUUCUGCUAUAGUUGAAAGAAUCUCAUCAUUUCCCAACCUUGAAUCUGCCGCUGAUAUAGUUUUGGACCAAUUAACGGUUAAUGAGUAUCCACCUGGUGUGGGCUUCCCACAUAUAGAUACCCAUUCAGCAUUUGAGGGAUUCAUUUUCAGCCUCUCAUUGGCAGGGCCCUGCAUUAUGGACUUCAGAAGAUAUACAGAAGGUGUUUGGCCCAAAUCUGCCUCAAGCUCUGACAUGAGUGUGGAAUUUCCUGACAAAAGUUCAAGUUUUUUAAGAAGGGCUAUUUAUCUUCCCCCCCGUUCAAUGCUUCUGUUAUCUGGAGAGGCACGGUAUGCUUGGCAUCACUAUAUUCCCCACCAUAAGAUUGACAUGGUGAAGGACAGUGUGAUCAGAAGAGGUCCGAGGAGGGUAUCCUUCACAUUUCGUAAGGUCAGAACAGGUCCUUGCCAAUGUGAAUUUCCUCAGUAUUGUGACUCCCCCAGAUAAGAUGAUCUUGUUAUCUUACUGGUUGAAGAAACAUACUUAGACAUGGCAAAUCACUGUCCAAAUUUUUUAGGAGGCGUUCAGGGAGGCCAACCCGAUUAUCGGUCAGAUUAAAUGCUAGGGCACACAGUUUAAGUAUUAGUAUCUGUUCUAAGGGGAAAAGGGAGCAUGAAAGGUGCAAGCAGAGAGUAGAAAGGUUUUAGGAUCGGCAUUUCUAGGAUUAUUGCUUCUGUUGUAUUUGCAGGAUAAGAUGCUAUUGUCAUUCAGAUGAAAGAGGUGAAGUUGUAUACUUGGUGAAACAAAUGCCUUUAAACAAUGGUUUUUUUUCCUCUUCAUUGAUCUCAACUUCCCAAUUUAGAAUAAAGAUGCAGGAUUUGAUCUAA